AUGGCCGGUGAGGAGGAACUCAAGCCGUCGGCAACGGCGGCGGUUUCAGGUAGUCGGAGACAUGGGAGCUCGGGGUGGAGGAAUAACAGCAUGAGCAGGGUCUUCUCCCAUUCCUCCCGGUCGAUGGAGGACGAGGAGGCGCUCAAGUGGGCCGCCAUUGAGAAGCUCCCCACCUUCAGCCGGGUCCGGCGAGGAAUCCUCUCCGUGGAGGGAGGGAAGCCCAAGGAGGUGGAUAUCCAGAGCCUGGGGGCGGAGGAGAGGAGGCUUCUCCUGAAGAAGCUGAGCAACCUCGCAGAGGACAACGAGAGGUUCCUCUGGAAGCUCAAGAACCGCAUGGACCGGUGAGAUCGCCCGCUCGCUCUUCUUCCCUCCUCUCUCUCGCUCUCUCUCUGUGAAAAUUUGAAGAUUUCGAUCUUUAUUUUGUUUCGAUUCUCGAUUAAUCCGUGUUCUUGGUGGAUCUAGCGUCGGGAUCGAGAGCCCGACGAUCGAAGUCCGCUACGAGAAUCUAAGCGUCGGAACGGAAACCCACGUCGGAGGCAGCGGAGUUCCAACGACGAUAAAUUUCUUUACUAAUAAGAUAGAGGCGAGACCAUCAUCAUCUUGUCAUCAUUCUUACUCGAACUACGGAGAUUUUAAAUCGCUGACCUACCCGUGUUCUUCCUCCAAGACUCUUCCUCUGAAGCGUUGACCUUCUCCUUUGCUUCCCGUGUUUCUAAUUAUGCAAAACGAAAACAGGGCAUUCUGAACUUCCUCAAGAUUGUGCCCAGCAGAAAAAGGCCGAUGACCAUUCUCCAUGAUCUCAGCGGGAUCAUCAAGCCAUCCAGGUAAGCCCGACAACUCGAAAUAUUCCACAUAACGAAGUUGACCCAGUACGGAAAUCCUGACACCCUCCCCUCUCCCUGUCCCCCGUCGUCUGAUUUCCAGACUGACCCUGCUCCUUGGUCCUCCUGGCUCCGGGAAGACAACCUUUCUGCUUGCAUUGGCCGGGAAGCUGGACUCAAAACUGAAGGUCAGCUACAAAUUCUGGUCUCGUCAUUGAUAGGUUCUCUCUAAAAGUCGAGGAUUAGGAUCCUAAGAAUAGUGAGAAACCUGAACCGGUGAACAGGUCGGCGGAGCAGUCACGUACAAUGGCCAUGGAUUGGACGAGUUCAUUCCCCAGAGGACCUCCGCUUACAUAGGCCAGAACGAUGUUCACAUCAGAGAAAUGACCGUGAGGGAGACUCUCCAGUUCUCAGCCAGGUGCCAAGGAUCCGGGACUCGCUACGGUGAGCUCUUCUUCUACUCUCUCUCUCUCUCUCUCUCUGCUCACUGACUGAAUCACUGUAUCUGUGAUUAAUGCCAGAGAUGCUGAUGGAGCUGGCGAGGAGGGAGAAGGAAGAGAACAUCAAGCCAGACCCUGAUAUCGACCUCUAUAUGAAGGUAGGCGCUCGGAUUUGCUGCCGUUGGCUUGCCGUCAGGAUGUCGGUACUUAUUCUGCGAGAUUACGCAGGCCUCGGCGCUGAAAGGGCAGGAGGAGGUGGUCACAGACUACAUCUUGAAGGUUCGAUUCUUCUCCAUGAACUGGUUGUCCCAUAUUUAUUGUUACAAUUUAUGACGGCGGGUCAGAUCGGGCCCACUGUUUAGGGAGAUGUCGACCACAAUCAGAACCCCGGCAUGGAUAAGGUCCCCCGGGGCCCUCCUCGUCCACCUUUCCGGAGGAGUGAGAGAGUAGAGAGGGAAAGAAAUGGGCGGCUGCACUAGUUGGGAGAUUUUAUCUGGGCCCCGGGACCUCCCGUGGAUUCUCAGUGGGGAAUUAUGUGACUUAAUUUACAGGGAGUGAAGAUGUUGAUUCAUUCCGAUUUUAGAUUCAGUGAUUCAUUCUGUCUGUUCCUCUUCUUUGGCAGGUUCUAGGGUUGGAGAUGUGCGCCGACACCUUGGUCGGCGAUCAGAUGGUGAGGGGGAUCUCCGGAGGAGAGAAGAAACGUGUGACCACAGGUGGAGCCGCAUUCUGAUUAAUAUAACUCUCUCUCUCUCUCUCUCUCUCUCCCUCUCUCACAGAACGGUAGAUGGCUGAAGUUGGAUUUUUCCAACAGGUGAAAUGAUUGUCGGACCCGCCAAAGCUCUGUUCAUGGACGAGAUUUCCACAGGGCUGGACAGCUCGACGACAUUCCAGAUAGUCAACUCCCUCCGGCAGUCGGUCCACAUCCUCAACACCACGGCGCUGAUUGCUCUACUCCAGCCCGCGCCGGAAACCUUCGCCCUCUUCGACGACAUCGUCCUCCUUUCCGAGGGCCAGAUCGUCUACCAGGGCCCUCGGGAUAACGUCGUCGAGUUCUUCGAAUCCAUGGGCUUCAAAUGCCCCGACAGGAAAGGAGUCGCUGACUUUCUCCAAGAGGUGCACAUCUAGAGGGUCAAACCCCUCCUCUCUCUCUCUCUACACAGACACACAAAGACACAGACAUUACGGUCUCUGUCUGAAUGUUUGGACAGGUGACGUCGAGGAAAGACCAGGAGCAGUACUGGGCGCGGCUAGACGAGCCCUACCAAUUUGUCUCCGUGAAAGACUUCUCGGAGGCGUUUCAGACCUUCCACGUCGGCCGCAGGCUGAGGGAGCAACUGCGGACGCCGUUCGACAGAGACAAGAGCCACCCUUCUGCGCUGUCUACCUCGAUCUAUGGCGUCAGUAAGAUGGAGCUGCUGAAGGCCUGCAUUUCCAGGGAGCUCCUCCUGAUGCGUCGGAACUCAUUCGUCUACAUCUUCAAGCUCAUCCAGGUGAUGGGACGACUUCACAAUACUCUCUCUCUCUCUCUCUCUCUCUCGCUAAAACCUGCGUAUGUCUUUGAUUAUCCUCAGCUAUUUGUGGUUGCGUUGGUAACGAUGACGCUGUUCAUACGGACGAGGAUGAACCAUGACAACGUAGAAGACGGGGUGAUCUAUCUUGGAGCUCUGUUCAUGGGGUUGAUCACGCACAUGUUCAACGGCUUCGCGGAGCUCGCGAUGAGCAUCGCGAGGCUGCCGGUCUUCUACAAGCAACGGGACUUCCGCUUCUAUCCGUCGUGGGCCUACGCCCUUCCCGCGUGGCUCCUCAAGAUCCCCAUCUCGCUUGUGGAAUGCGCUCUCUGGACUUCACUCACCUACUACGUCAUCGGCUACGACCCAAAUAUUCAAAGGUCAAAUCGAUCCCCUUUAAUCCAAUCUCUUCACUCCCUCCCUCUCUCUCUCUUAAUCGAUCGAUCUAAAGAAACCCGAUUCUUUUAGCUAUCGGUGGUAAAAUCUCUGGUCGUCCAACUCAGAACCAAUUAACGACGAAUGAAGCCUGUUCUAAUCAGUGUAGGAUUGUUCUAAUGUGUUCCACCAUUGAAAACCGAGGUUCGGACCUCGUGGUAGGUGCAAAUAAGUUCUUUUUUGGAGUAAUCAAGGGUUCUGAAAUAAUCAGACUACGCCGUUUAGAGCGGAAAUAUAUCGUCGUAGAUAAUAUGCCGAGAUUUCUUAUCAAGACAUGUUCUUCGCUCCGCAGGAUGUUCAGACACUAUCUACUGCUGGUGUUGCUAAGCCAGAUGGCGUUCGGCCUGUUCCGCUUCGUCGCCGCUCUGGGAAGAACCAUGGUGAUCGCCAGCACGUUUGGGUCUUUCGCUCAGGUCGUCCUCUUAGUUCUCGGCGGGUUCGUCAUCUCCAGAGGCAAGUGAUCUCCCAGAAACUAUGAUAAACCAAGGGAAUAUCAUCCAAAAUUUCCUCAUUUUGAUUUUGAUCUUCGCUCUCCCCGCAGAGGAUGUGAAGAAGUGGUGGAUCUGGGCCUAUUGGUCGUCGCCUAUGAUGUAUGCCCAGAGCGCCAUUUCCGUGAACGAGUUCCUGGGGCACAGCUGGAAUCAUGUGAGCGUUUCAUGAGCUCACGAAAUCAAAACCAAUUAAUUCCUUUUCUUAGAGUUGACUUGGCUUGGACACAACCUCCAUUGCUCACAUGAAAAUAAUAAUAACCCAUCAUUUCUCUCGGGAUAUUUAUUGCGAUGUUAAAUAGGGCUGACUUUGUUCAUCUUCUUCAGGUUGUCGACAUCAGGGUGAGCACAGAGACUCUGGGCGUCCAGGUGCUGAAGGCGAGAGGUUUCUUCACAGGGGCCUACUGGUACUGGAUUGGCGUGGGGGGUCUGCUCGGGUACAUCUUCCUCCUCAACGGCCUCUUCGCGCUGGCGCUCACCUAUCUUAACCGUAAGGACGAGCCCCAUUAUCCAUCGAUUUCCUGCGGUUCUUCUGGACGAAUAUUAAUCUUUACGUGAAAAUUUUGUUCAGCAUUCGGGAAUGGGCGAGUUCUUUCCGAGGAGACCUUGAGAGAGAAAGAGUCCAACAGAACAGGCGCUCCCUUUGAGCUGACUCCCCUCUCGAACGGUCCGCUUCUCCCUCAGUAGGUCAACUGCUCUUGAAUCUUUAAAGAAGUUGGAUAAACAGUUUCCCCCGUGGACCGCAGAAUCGGAGAGAGGCGCCUAUGCGAAGUGCAAGAAGGGCAUGAUCCUGCCCUUCGCUCCCUACUCCAUCGUUUUCGAGAAGAUCAAGUACUCCGUGAACAUGCCGGCAGUAAGUUUAUAAACUCACCGACGCUAAUUAAACCUUGGAGAAUCUGAGAAAUGCUUCGAUUAUGAAGGAGAUGAAGGCCCAGGGGGUGACCGAGGAGAGGCUCGUCCUCCUCAAUGAUCUGAAUGGAGCUUUCAGGCCGGGGGUCCUCACAGCCCUCAUGGGUGUGAGCGGAGCCGGGAAGACGACCCUCCUGGACGUCCUGGCUGGGAGAAAGACCGGGGGGUACGUAGAAGGGAGCAUCAGAAUCUCUGGGUUCCCAAAGAAGCAGGAGACCUUCGCUCGAAUAUCUGGCUACUGUGAGCAGAACGAUAUCCACUCGCCUCAUGUUACCGUCUACGAGUCCCUCCUUUACUCGGCAUGGCUGAGGCUGGCGCCUGAGGUUGACUCGACGACGAGAAAGGUCAGUUGCCUUCUUAGAAGAACAUCGCUGGUGUUUGAUUUUCUUUUAGGCCUAUUCCGCUGAUUGGACCGUGCGAUUCAGACAGUUCUUCUCCGUUUUAAUACUCUUCCUUCUUCUUUCGACGAGUCAACUAAUUCACGAUCAAUGAUAUAAUUUAUUUGAGACGUAAAGUCGACUGAUGUGUCUUCUUUGUUUAUUCCCAACUGGUUUGGUUUAAAUCGUUCAAUUAUUUCAUAAUCAGGAGUGCAGUCUCGGCAUACGUCACGAGCAUCAAACACAUCGGUCCUGAAUUUUCCCUAUUUAGCACUCAUCGGUUUUGACUAAACGUGGUAAAUCGGCCUCUGCUCUAUUUAUUCAUCGAUCAGCUUUGCACUAACGUUGACCCAAUCAUAUCAUAGUCAGAAGGAUCACGUAGACGGGCCAAUUAUCUUUGAGUCAAAUGACCCGGUUGUCUCGUGAUCAAGGGUAUGAUGUUCGCAGUUUGUGAUGAUAUCGAGUUACUCAAUGGUUGUAUAGAGGUUCAUCGAGGAGGUGAUGGAGCUCGUGGAGUUGACCUUCCUCAAGGGGGCGAUCGUCGGCCUGCCGGGGGUCACCGGGCUGUCUACGGAGCAGCGGAAGAGGUUGACCAUCGCCGUCGAGCUCGUCGCCAACCCCUCCAUCAUCUUCAUGGACGAGCCCACCUCCGGUCUCGACGCAAGGGCGGCCGCCAUCGUGAUGAGGACGGUGAGGAACACGGUGGACACCGGAAGAACCGUCGUCUGCACGAUUCAUCAGCCCGGGAUCGACAUAUUUGAGUCCUUCGAUGAGGUCAGCAUCGAUCGGACGGACCAUAUUUAAUGUUUUCUGUCUUUGUUGUUGUUCUUUGCGCGGAAUUAAGCUUUUAAUUCCCGGGUUAAUCGCUCUCCUCUUCUCUCUGAUGAACUGCAGCUGUUCCUCAUGAAGAGAGGGGGAGAGGAGAUAUACGUGGGCCCGGUCGGCCACUAUUCCAGCCAGCUUGUAAGCUAUUUCGAGGUGAGAAGAUAAGAACUUCUUAUGAGCGAUGAUGAUGAGGCUGGGAGGAAGGAGAUGAUUCUCAUGAUUAAUUUAACGUCGACCAACUGGCUUUGCCCUUCUCGCAGGGGAUCAACGGGGUAAAGAAGAUAGAGCAGGGCUACAAUCCCUCCACGUGGAUGCUGGAGAUCACCGCCAAGGAGAAGGAGGAGAGCCUGGGUAUCGACUUCACCGAGAUCUACAAGAAGUCCGAGUUAUUCAGGUAAAUUCGCAGAUUCCUCGCUUUCUGAAUGUCGGCGCUGAGCCCGUUGACUAGAACUGGGCGUUUUUUUGCCGAAUUUGGGUGGUUAUUGCAGGAGGAACGUGGACUUGAUCAGGGAGCUGAGCAAGCCGGCGCCGGGCUCCGAAGAUCUGUAUUUCCCCACACAGCAUUCUCAGCCCUUCUUGACGCAGUGCAUGGCCUGCCUGUGGAAGCAGCACAAGUCCUACUGGCGAAACCCGUCCUACACCGCCAUUAGGAUCUUCUUCACCACCAUCUCGGCUUUUCUUUUUGGGACGAUCUUCUGGCGGCUGGGCCGAAGAAGGUACCCAUAAUUAGAGAGAGAGAGAGAGAGAGAGAGAGAGGGAGAGAGAGAGCCACGUCCUUCAGUAUCGUCAUCAUUUUCUUCUUCCUUCUUCUCAGGUCAACGCGCCAGGAUCUGUUCAACGCCGUGGGGGCGCUCUACGCUUCAGUCAUGUUCAUCGGAAUACAGAAUGCGCAGAUGGUGCAGCCGGUGGUCGACGUCGAACGAACAGUCUUCUACAGAGAGAAAGCCGCCGGAAUGUACUCCGCGCUGCCAUACGCUUUCGGACAGGUGACCAUCUCAUUCGUCGGUUAACGUUCCCUCUUCUCCUCCUCCAACUGACACAGAACCCCCCCCAACCACGUCAUGCCCAGGUGGUCGUCGAGAUCCCGUACAUCUUCGUCCAGACACUGAUAUGCGGGUUUGUAAUCUACGGCAUGAUCAACUUCCACUGGACGGCAGCCAAGUUCUUCUGGUUCAUCUUCUUCUUCUUCACCACCCUCCUGUACUUCACACUCUACGGGAUGAUGGCGGUGGGCUUGACCCCCAACAGCAACAUCUCCGCCGUCGUCUCCACCGCCUUCUACAACCUGUUUAAUGCCUUCAGCGGGUUCGUCAUUCCCCGCAGGGUGAGACCCCGAACCGUCACCUCUCUCCAGACCCUGAUAAGAAUACAAAGGAACUGAACAUCUCUCGGUUGUCACAGAGGAUCCCCAUCUGGUGGCGAUGGUACUACUGGGUGUGCCCAGUCGCCUGGAGCGUCUACGGCCUGGUGAUCUCGCAGUUCGGCGAUUACGAGGACCGCAUGGAGGACACCGGCGAGACAGUGCAGGAGUUCCUGAACAGGUAUUUCGGCUACAGGCAGGAUUUUGUGGGGGCCGCCGCCGCCGCAACGGUCGGGUUCGACGUCGUCUUCGCCUUCGUCUUCGCCUUCUGCAUCAAAAUGUUCAACUUCCAGAAGAGAUGA